ACGCCACAACGCUAACCACACAGCUGCAGGGUUGUAGCAACGUUUGCAAAAAAAAAAACACGCACGUUCUGUGUCAAAUCAAUACGAAAUCAACAAAAAUCAAUCGAUUUUCGCGAAACAAGCGACACAAAACGCACGUCGAUUUCAUUACAACUAACAACGCAUAACAUAACGACGUGCUGUGCACUGUACUCGCGACCGCUUGCCAAACCAAAACCAAACGAAUUUGCUGUGGAAAAUUUUUUCGGAAAGAGAAAAAAAAAUUUGCGCGUCGCAAGUCUCGCUUCUAUAGCGUCUGUGUGUGUUGUCUCCCUUGCUGUGUGCGUGUGUGUGUGUGCGUGCGUUUAUGUGUUGUGUCUGUGUGUGUGUGUGGCGUCCGCGUGCAUUUCUCACGGUCUACAAUUGUCAAUUAUAACGCGAAAAUAUUGUGAUUACUUCCCCCUCCAAAUAAAAAUAAUAAAAUAACCUUAACUCACUAAUAUAUAAAAGCAAAAACAAAAAAAGAAGCAAAAUGUCCACAAGCAGCGCCGUAGUCGCUGUCGCCGCCGAGCAGAACAAUAAAUGUGCUGCCGCUGCCAACGUCGCUGUCGCUGCCACGAACAGCGUCGCUGCAGCGCUUUGUCCGCUGAGCAACUGCCAAUUUACGGGCGUCGUAAUCAGCGCCAUUUCCGAUGAGCAGAAGCUGGAGUUCAACAACAUAUACAAGAGCAGCUGUACGCUCAGCUGCAGCUACGAUUCCCAAGGCGUUUUGCUGCGCAUCAUGCUAGAUAAUGAUCUGGGACGUGUGCUAAAGGAAUACAUGAUAUCAGCGGACACGGAUGCCGCACAGCUCGGCAAACGUUGUUACGCCAUCUCGCUGGAUGCCGAGAAUUUGGUGUUGCGCUUCAGCAGUGAUCAGGAUCAGCUGCUCUUUCGCAAAGUCGUCGAGAAUGUGAAGCACCUGCGUCCCAAGUCUGUGUUCUCGCAACGAACUGAAGAGUCCUCGGCCUCGCAAUACUUUCAAUUCUAUGGCUAUCUGAGUCAACAGCAGAACAUGAUGCAGGAUUAUGUGCGCACCUCAACGUAUCAACGUGCCAUACUUGGCAAUUCGGUUGAUUUCCAGGAUAAGGUUGUGCUCGAUGUGGGCGCCGGCUCGGGGAUAUUAUCCUUCUUUGCUGUGCAAGCUGGCGCUGCCAAAGUAUAUGCCAUUGAGGCAUCGAAUAUGGCGCAAUAUGCUCAGCAGCUGGUAGAAUCGAAUAAUGUGCAGCACAAGAUCUCAGUGAUCCCGGGCAAGAUUGAGGAGAUUGAAUUGCCCGAGAAGGUGGAUGUGAUUAUCUCGGAGCCCAUGGGUUAUAUGCUGUAUAAUGAGCGUAUGCUCGAAACGUAUUUGCAUGCGCGUAAAUGGUUGAAGCCACAUGGCAAAAUGUAUCCAACGCAUGGUGAUUUGCACAUUGCACCGUUCUCGGAUGAAUCGCUGUACUUGGAGCAGUACAAUAAGGCGAACUUUUGGUAUCAAUCGGCGUUUCAUGGCGUCGAUCUGACCACACUGCACAAGGAGGGCAUGAAGGAGUAUUUCCGUCAGCCAAUCGUGGACACUUUUGAUAUGCGCAUCUGCAUGGCAAAGUCGGUGCGACAUGUGUGUGAUUUUCUCAACGACAAAGAGGAUGAUUUGCACGUAAUUGAUAUCCCGCUUGAGUUUCACAUAAUGCAGACUGGAAUCUGCCAUGGACUCGCUUUCUGGUUCGAUGUUGAGUUCAGCGGCAGCAGUCAACACGUCUGGCUGUCCACCUCGCCCAUUGCACCCUUGACGCAUUGGUAUCAAGUGCGUUGUCUGCUGCCCAUGCCCAUCUUCAUUAAGCAGGGCCAAACGUUGACGGGUCGUGUGCUGUUGGAGGCCAAUCGUCGGCAAUCGUAUGAUGUGACCAUCGAUCUGCACAUCGAGGGCACGUUGAUAUCGUCGAGCAAUACUUUGGACUUGAAGAAUCCGUAUUUUCGGUACACGGGGGCGCCGGUGCAAGCUCCGCCGGGGACUAAUACUCAGAGCCCAUCGGAGCAGUAUUGGACUACGAUGGACACCACGCAGGGCAAUCGUAAUUCAACUAGCAUGCUGAAUGGCAGUCUGUCUGUUAAUGGAAUGGGAGAUGCUGGCAUGGACAUCACCCAUGGUCUAAUGCAUCCGCACUAGGAACAACUUGCUACUGCUGCAGCUGCUGAUGAUGACAACAAUUUCUACAACUUGUUAGCUAAUGCCUGGAUUGCAAACUAAUUUAGUAGAUCGCAGAUUGUAUUUAUUAUUUUAUGGGGUCUCGAUUUUUGUUUUGAUAUUCCGAAUUUUAGAUGCUUUUGUUUUUAUGUUUAAUUUAUGUUGUAAUUUAUUUAUUUUGCAAGCAGUUGUUCCCCCCAAGUUCCAGGUUCUUUGAAAUAUGUUGUAAGAGAUGAAACACCAUUAACCAUUAACCAUUUAGCCAUUAGCAAUGAGAAUAAAUGAAGAGAAGUAAAUGUCGAAAGAAAGCAGAAGCAGAAGAAGAGUAAUCAAUGAGAAAUCGCAUAGAUCAUCAACAAUCAACAAAGGCAGACUAAUAAUGUGUAUGUAGUUGUUUAGAACAGCAGCAUAUAUAAUCGAUAAGCUAAUUUUAGCCCCACUUCCCAAGCCCCCAAGAUAGCAUUUAGUGUUUUUUUAACGUAUGUAUGUUAUUAUGUAAUACGAGUAUCAUAUUAAUAAUAAUAAUAAUAAUCAAUGUAGAGAGCAAACACUGCAGCUUCAGGAAGUUUAUUAUUACAUAUUAGUUAAUGCCAAUUGCAGUUUGCAAAAGCUUUUGAACAAAUCCAAAUCCAACAACAAUUAUCAUCCACCCCAAACACAGAGAGAAAUUAAAUAAUAUUCAAUUUGCCCCAUGUAUCUACCUACAACUACAACUACAACUAUAUAUGUAUAUUAUGUUAAGUAUAAUAAUAUGAAUUGUAUUUCAAUUAUUUCAUGUACCUCAACGAAAAUGUAGAACCUAGUUUCAAUUCUCGACACAAACGUUUUGUGUAGAAGUCAAAUAUUCAAAUGGUUAUGCUUAGUUUUUGUUUUGUGGAAAUUAUAACGAAUUGCUCAUAGAAAUUAGUUGAUAAGUUUACAAUUAUUUAUACGCAUAUAUAUAUAUAUACUACUACAUAUAUGUGUGCAUCAUAGUCGUGCUGAGAGAUUAUAAAAUUUCAAUUUUCCAACUCUGUUCUGUUCUCUUAUUAUUUGUCCGCCUUUCAAAUUCAAUUUUAAAUUUAUCUUUGUUUCUGUCCUGGCAUAUCUUGAAACCACAAUAGAGAUCCUACGUCGCUACCAGCCUGCCAAGCGCAUAGUUGACAUAUUAAGUACUAUAAAUAUACGUAUACACAUAUAUAGUAUAAUAUAUAUACAUAUAUAUAUAUAGUAAUAUAUAAUUAUACAAGCAUAAAUAUAUCUAUACACUUCCAUAUAUAAGUGUGUGUGCAUUGUACUUUUUAGCAUAGUUUUUGCCAACGACAACAACACCAAACAACAACAAUAACAACACCAUCAACAACAACAACAACACCACCAACACAUUUACAAAGUAUCAACUAUAAUCCUCUAUACAUACGACUACAACAUACCCAUCAUAUGCAUUUACAUAUGCAAAAAGAAAACAAAAAACAAAAA